ACUUUUAUUUAAAAUCAAAUGUUUUAACCGUUUACUAAUAAAAUAGCUGUAGUGUUGCAAUAACAUAAAAUGAAGUAACAGUAAUAUAUAUUUUAAAAUCAAAUAUCAUCCUUAAACUUUUCCUUAGAGAAGUAUGUGUAGUUACAAUUAAUGUUCAAUUUUUAAAAGAUAUCCAAUAUUUACUUCAGUAUUCAAAUAUCAAUUUCAAAUCAUGUUUUAUUUACUGUUUUAACUUUAUGGAUACAAUUGAACAAGUUUUAAAACUUAAACACUAUGGAUAAUUGUAACAUAAAAGUAGUCAUCAAAGCUCGGCCAUUAAACCAUAAGGAGCAAUUAGAUGGAAGGAUUUAUUGGAAAAUAGAAUCCAAUAGUAUUGUACAAAUUGAUCCCAUUACAGAGAAAAGAAAAGGAGAUCAGUUUAAUUUUGAUAGAGUUUAUGAUCCUGAAAUAAGUAACUAUGACGUGUUUGAUGAAAUUGUCAGACCAAUAAUUGAUAGAGGUGUUCAAGGAUUUAAUGGUACUGUGUUUGCAUAUGGACAAACAUCUUCGGGAAAAACUUUUACCAUGUCUGGUGAUAGUUGGAGCCCUGGGAUAAUUCCAUUAGCUGUUAAUUAUAUGUUUGACGCCAUGAAUAGCACUUCUAGCAGAGAAUAUUUAUUAAGGGUUAGCUAUUUAGAAAUUUACAAUGAAAAAAUAAUAGAUUUAUUGGAGAAAAAAGAUCUAAAAACACAAACAAGAAAAAUAGAGAUUCAAAAAGAUGGGUUACAUAUAACUCCAUUAAAAGCUGUUGUUUGUCAAAAUGCUCAAAUGGUGAUUGAUUUAAUGAAAAUUGGUGAAAAAAAUCGUAGUAUUGGUGAAACUAACAUGAAUGAACGAUCAUCAAGAUCUCAUACUAUAUUUCGUAUAAUAUUAGAAAGUCGCAACAUUGAAGAUGAUUGUGAUGGUGCGUACCAACAAUCAGUUAUAAAUUUAGUUGAUUUAGCUGGAUCAGAAAAAACGAGUCAAACACAACCAUCUAUUGAAAGGUUCAAAGAAGGCUGUAAAAUAAAUAGUUCAUUAACAACUUUAGGUCUAGUCAUUCAACAACUCAGUGAAUGUCAAGAUGGUUCUCAACAUGUUAAUUUUCGGGAUAGUAAAUUAACUAGAAUACUCCAAACUUCACUUGGGGGAAAUUCAUUAACAGCUAUUAUAUGUACAAUUACUUUAGCUGUUGAAGAUCAAACACUCAAUACAUUAAGUUUUGCUUCAAGAGCAAAAAAAAUUAAAAAUUCUGCUAAAGUUAAUGAAAAUGUGUCAGACGAAACUCUUCUAAGACGAUACAGAAUUCAAAUUUCUAAACUUAAUAAAGAGUUAGAAGGAAUGAAACAAAACCAGAAUGAAAAUGAUGAAGUAAAUGAAAUAAAAUACAAAUAUCAAGAAGAAAAACGGACAAAUGAAGAACUCAAAGAACGUAUCAUGCGUUUACAAAAAAAUAUGAUAACUUCAUCAGUAAUAACUAAAGAUCAACCUCAAUUAAAAAGAGGCUUUAACCGUAGACGCACAUGGGGUGGAAAACUUGACAGUACAUUAUCUUCUAAUAGCAUUCUUGAAACUAUUGAAGAAGAUGUUAAUUUACCACGUCCUAGUGUACCUUCAAACUUUGGAGUUACAAAUAAAGAGACUUUUAAAACUCCUUUGGAACCAUUUGAAUGGGAUUUAAUAAGGGAAGAAGAUUGUAAAAUAGUUAUAGACCAGGAUCCUUCUAUUAGUAAUACUGAAAUCAGUAGUAUAUCUCCACCCCCUGGUGUUUGUGAAACUCCAAGAAAAAUUUUAAGGGAACGUGUUAACAAUUAUAAAAGUUUAUUUGAAAUGAGUAUGAGGGAAAAUAAUGAACUUAGAGAAUUUACUACAUUAGAAAAGCAAAUGUUCCAUGAAAACAAUGAGCAACUUAAAGAUUUGAAAAACUUGAAAAAACAAAUUGAAGAAUUACAAGCUGAAAGAGAUGCUUCUUCUGAGAUCAUAGAAAAACUCAGAAUAUCAGUUACAAGAAUUGAAAAUGAAAAAAGAGACAUUGAAGUUGUUGCUGAAGUACAAAAAGAAAAGUAUGAAAACCGAGAAAAAGAACUUUUAAAUAUAAUUAAGGAAAUAAGAGAGGAACUUUUAAUGAAAGAUGAUCAAUUAAAAAAAUUCAUUGCUAAUAACUCUGAUAUGACUGAAAAAUAUGAAGAAAUCAAAAGACUUGAGAUGAAAAUUAAAGAUAUGUCACAACAACAUACUAAUUAUAUAAAUGAAUUUGAAAUUAUCAAAUCAAAAUUAUCUGAAAAAGAUACACAAUUAAAAGUUGAAUUAUCCCAAAAUUUAGCUCUUGAAAAUAAAUUAUCUGAAGCCCAGAAACAUAUAACAGAUAUAAAAUCACUUCAAUUUGCUAUACAAUUUUUAGCUGAUCAUGAAUAUUGUGUAUUGAAAAAGAAAGAAAUAUGCGAGUUGGAUCUUCUUUUAGGAGAAUCUCAUCAUGCUCUUAAUCAACUACAACUAGAAAAUUAUACUCUGAUAGAUGAAAACAAUAAUUUCAAAUCACUAAAUUCUGAAAAUUUAAGAAUAAUUUCAGAACUUAAAAAUGAAAAUUGUAAUUUACAAUCCGAACUUAAUACAAUUGAAAUGAAUAUAAAAUCUAUCAUAAAAAAAAAUUGUAAUCAGUUACAUUAUAUUGAAGUUGAAAAACUUGUAGAUGUGAACAAUUUAAUUAAAUUUACAGAUACACAUUUUGAAAGCCUAACUAAUAAUAUUUUAAAUCUCUCCAAUGAAAAUUUAAAAAUAAAAGAAGAGCUUGCUAAAACAUAUGAAAAAAUUACAUUAAUUAGAACUGUGGUUUCAGAAAAUCUAGAUAGUUUCCUUAAAGAUAUUUCAUUAUUUGAAAUUAGGUCAAAUAAUGAUUGUACAGAUGACUUUAAAGAAAAAAAUGUACUCUUGUUAUCAUUUAUUGAAACAUUUGAUGAUUUAACCAUAGAUAACCUUGUUGAGCUAUUUAAAAUUAAAUUUUCCAAAAUGGAAUCGAUCCAAGAAGAGUUUAAUUCAUAUAAGGCUAUUAACAAUGAACUGGAAACUCAAAAUAAAAAUUUAAAACUAAUAAAUAUGGAUCUCAAUGAAUCUUUACAAAAAGAAAUGAAUGUUACUAAUAACAAAAGUACAAAACUGGAUAUUGUAUCCAAAAAUUUAGAGGAUACAUUGUGUAAACUUAAUGAGAUUCAAUCAAACUCUGAUUUAGUUACUAAAAAAUUAAAAAACGAAGUUCAAGAAUUAAAAAUUAAACUAGAAGAUAAACUAGAUAUAAUAACUGCACAUGAAAAAUGCAAAAAUCAGUUGUUAAUUAAGUGUGAAGAUAUAAAAGAAAUAAUUCAAUCAAACACCAAAGUAAAUUAUGAAUCAAUUGACAAUCCUGAAAUUGUAAAUUGGCUUAAAAAUUAUUUAUCAUCUAAAUCUUCAAAAUUUGAAAGUGCUCUGUAUAAAAUUAAGGAAAUGCAAAAUUCUAUCCAACUAUUGAUAAACAAAUCAGAUUUAAAUUCAUUAAAUAUUGAGGGUGAAAGUAAUGAAUCUUUAUCUAAGAAUUGUAAUAUUCUGGAUGAAUCAAAAUCGUAUCUUUCAAGAGAAAAUAGUUUAAAUGAAGGAUUAGAUAAAAACUUAAAUAGCUCUGAAUCAGUUCAUAAUCAUUCUAAUAUUUUUGUUCUUACUGAAUUUGAUGAUGAAUCUAAUAAAUUUGAUAAUUCUUUAACUCGCAUAAACGAGUCUCAAUCUAUGAUCGAAGAAAUAAUUGAAGAUAUUUAUCAUCAAAUACUACAGUCAAGUUAUAUUGAAUCAGAAAAUAGUGUAUACAAAUCCAAAACAAAAAAUCCUGAUGUAUCUUCAGAAAAAAUUGAACAGCCUUUCAAAAUAAUUGAUACCCUUAAAACAGAAUUAGAAGCAUAUAUGUCUUAUGAAAAUAAUGUAAAGUGUGAGUUGCAAAGUAUAUCUCUUGAACUUGAGAAAGCUCAUUCAAAAUUAUAUGAUGUUAAAAACUUAAUAGACAGUUUGAACAAUAAGUGUAAUAGUUAUGUUUUAAAUAUAGAAAAGUUGAAAUCAGAGUUUGAAAUUGUUAAAAUUGAAUUAAAUGAAAAAAAUAACUUAAUAUCUACAUUGGAAAGCACCAAUUCAAACUUGCUUGAAAAAUGCAAUAAUUUAGAACAGAUUAAUCAGCUUACUUCUAUUAUCGAUGAAUUGAAGUCAGAUUUAGAAGCUAAAUUAAUAAUUGAAAGUGACUUACGAAACAAUUUAUUACAUAAGUCUAAUGAGUUAGAAGAUAUUUGUUCAAAAUAUACUGAAAUUCAAUCAACUAUAAAUGAAAAAGAAAUUGCCUCUGACUACAAAAUUGUUAUUGAACAAUUAAAUAUUGAACUUGCUGAAAAAUCAUCUUUGCUUGCUGAUUACGAUAACUUAAAAUCUGAAAUUGACAAAUACAUAGAACAAUUUAAUCAAUUAAACAAUAUUAUUACUGAUUUAAAAGUAGACAUAGAAACCGAAAAAAGUAAAAAUCACUCACUUCAAAGUCAAUUACAAGCAAAGACAAUUGAUUUAGAUGAAGCUUUUGCUAAAGAAAAUGAAGUUCAAACAUUAAUAGAAAGUAUGGAAAAUGAAAUCCAAGCAAAUAUUAUUUCAUUUGAGAAAUUAAACCAAAAAUUGCAAUCUGAAAUUUUAGAAAAAUCAAACAUAGUAGCUGAAUUAGAUGACACUAAAUUAAAACUACAAUCUAAAACUAAUGAAGUGAACCGUGUUAACUGUGAAAAAUUAGCUUUCGAAGUCGAAUGUAAACAUUUGGAACAAGAACUAAUAAACAUUAAAAAAAUUCAUUGUAAUUGUGAACAUUUACAAAGUAAAUUUAUAAUUUUAACUAAUCAAAUAACUGAUCUUCAAAAGGAAUUAAAUCAUACCAAUGAAAAACUAUUUGAUAUGUCAAAACAAUAUUAUUUUGAAAAACAGCAUUCUGAUAUAAAAUUACAGCUGCAAACUGCCAAUAACCAAAAAUUAAUUAAUGAUUUUAUAGAAUUGUCUAAUAACAUAGAAUUAUUUUUAGCUAGUAAAAUUGAUAUUGAAUCAAAUUUGAGAGAAGAAAUUGUUGUUAAAACAGGAGAAAUUGCAGAUUUACAAAAACAGUUAAUGGAAUCAACCCUGCAACUAGAAUAUGAAAGAUUAGAAGAAGAGUAUGUAUCUAAGUCACGUGAUAUUACUGAAACUCAAAGUAAAUUAGAAACUUUUGAGGCGCUUUUAUUAAAAAAAAAUGAAAAUGAACAAAUUCUACAAGACAAAUACCAGACAAAAUGUAAAGAACUAAAUGAAUACAAGAAAAAUUUAGAAUUUUUAUGUUCUAGAAAUGAUUCAUUCCUCAACAGAGUUGAUGAUUUUGAAGAUAAUGUUUUAGUAGCAUUAAAUGAUGAAAUGGAUUCAAUGAAAUUAGAACUAGAGAAAAAGCAGGAAACUGAAAAAUUAUUAAUUGAUGAAAAAACAGAAUUAAGAUUAAAUUUGAAUAAGGUUAAAGAAGUGCUAAUAAACACUACUGAUGAACUUAAUGUUGCUAAAGAGCAAAUUAAAAUUCUAGAAAAUAAAGUAGAAGAAUUAUUAGAUAGUCGUGAAAAACUUUUGUGCAAGGUAAGUGAUUCAGAGAAAAGUUUGGUAAAAUCUAAAAGUACAAUCGAAAAUCUUAAUAUUGAAUUAAACUGUUUAAAUAAAGAACUUAGUAUAAAAUGCUCUGAGAUUAAUGAUGUACGUAAUGAAUUACAAACUCUUAUGUCAAAUAUAAACGAACAAAAAAUUUGUAAUGAAGCUGAUACAAGAAAUCAAUUAAUUGAUCCUCUUGUUGAUUAUGUGCAUGAAAUUAAAUUGAAACUUACGGAAUUAAAUUCUGCCAUGAUAUCGGGAAAUAAAUGCGAGAAACAAUUAAGAACAAAGCGUAUGUUAUUAGAAGAUGAUAUUUCUACAUUAGACGAUGCUUCUUGGAAACUUAACUGUGAAAUUCAACCAGGAACACCAGUUGAAGAAAUUGAUUUAGAAAUUGAAACUUUACGUAAAGUUUUAGAAGACAAAAUGAAUUUAGUUAGCUCGCUUCAAAAAACUAAUAUUGAUCUAGAAAAAAAUAUGUGUGAUCUUCAGGAUAAAAUAGAAUAUAUAAAUAAAACAAAUAAGGAAUCAGAUGAAAAACUGUCUUUAUUAGAAAAUAAUUUAAAAGAAAAAUGUUGUGAAGUAGAAAAUUUGAAUGUUACUUUAGAACAAUUAAAACAACAGUAUGCUGAAUUAGAAAACCUCAAUCUAACUUUAAAAGAUCAAAUUCAUCAGAAUUUAGACAUAGAUUUAGAAUUACGAAAUGGAAAGAAAAAUAUUGUUAAUGAAAUUAAUCUUCUUGAACCAGGAAAGAUUACAGGAAUUCUAACACACCACAAUUUAACAGACUUAUUAGAUACAUUUGUUAGUCUAAUUAUGACCAAAGAACAACAGAUUGUUUCUGAUUUAAUUAGUGAACAUAAAAAAAUAAAACAACAAUAUGAAGAUGAAAUAAAACAACUUCAAGAAGACAUUAAAAAAGCAAAAGAAUGGCAAGAACAAGUAGAAUCUGAUAAUGAAAAAUUAAGCUUAGAAUUAGAGGAGUUGAAAUCUCAAAAACACAGUUAUCCUAGUAAAGAAACUGAAAAUAAAGAAUUAAAAGAAAGAGCUAUUAAAGCUGAAACGCAAUCUUUGAACUAUUUUAAUGAACUGAAUGAACUAAAAGCUCAUAUAAAUAAUACAAAUAAACAAAAUUACCAAAUUUUAUCUGAUGAAUUUGAAUUUUUCAAAUUAAACACAGAAAAAACUAUGAAUGAUCUUGAAAAAAAAGUUGAAGAUCUUACUAGUAUGUAUAAUGAAUCUUGUAGCUUGUAUAAAGAUCAAAAAAAUUAUUAUACUGUUUUAGAAAACAAAUUGAAAGAAGCCCAAUUAGAAGCCAUUUGUCUCAAAUCUGUUUUAGAACAAAAAGAAAAUGAUAUAAAAACUUUGGUGGAAGAUCUUCAGUUGAAAUCUAAGGAAUAUGAAGCAUUAUGUGAAAAAAACAGUAUACAACGAGAAGAAAUUUUGAAUAUGAAUAGUAAAAAUAUUGAUGAACUACAAUUAGAGUUAAAUGACAAAACGCAAAAAUUAUACAACACUGAAAAAUUACUUAAAGAAGCAACUAAAAAUUAUAAUCAACUUCUUGAAGAAAAUAAAUUACUCUCACAGAAAAUUCAAAAUUUACCAAUAAAUGAUAAUACUAUAAAUAAUAAAGUUGCUGAACUUGAACAUGAUGUUCAUAAUCUUAAAACUGAAAAUAAAAUAAAAGAAAUUACUGAAUUAGAAUUGAAGACUAAACUAGAUAAAACUGUGGAUCAAUGUUCUUUGCUUGCUAAAGAAAUUGAAACAUACACAAUAAAAAUAAGUUUACUUGAAAAUCAAUUAGAAAAUUGUCAUCAAACAAUUAAGUUUAAAGAAGAUCAAAUAGAAAAUUAUCAAAUGAAGUCUAAAAUCAAAGAUAGUGAUCUCAUUGAACUAAAUGAGAUCACAAAUAAGUUAAGGAAAAUAUUAAAAUCUAGUGCUGAUUUAUCUGUUCUUGUUGAAGAUAUUCAAUCUCAGAUAACUAAAUGUGAAUGCUUAGAAGAAGAAUUGGAAGAACUUAAACGUCAAAAUAACAAUUUAGACAGCGAGUGUGAGUCAAUGUUAAUUGAAUUGAAAUCUAAAGAUGACAAGCUGUUAGAAUUCUUGAAUCAAGAAGAUGAGUUGAGAAAAGCAAAUGAAGUUUUAAUACAAGAAAUAGAUUUUCUAAGGACUAAAUGUGAUCAAUUUAAAAAUAUAAAUGAUGAUGUAAAAAAACUAAAUGAAGAAAUUUGUAGCUAUCAACAAAGUAUUUAUCAAUUAAGAAAAGAAAAAGGUCAAGUUAUAUUACAACAUGACAAAGAAAUAAAGCAGUUAAAAGCCGAACUAGGAAAUGUUCAUAAUAAAAACUUGGAACUGUUAAAUGAACAUAAAAAAAUAACAGAAACUUCCAGAAAUGUAGAAAAAUCUUUAAAAGAAGAUAUACAACAGCUAAACAGAUGUAUUGUUGACAAAAACGCUAAAAUUUCUACAUUAGAAUUACUAUCUAAAACCAAUACUGAUGAACUCAAAAAUAGAAAUCAAGAAUUAGAACAUGUAUACAAAAGAGUUAGAGAAGAGAAUCAUAUGAUGCGAAAAGAGUUGAGACGAUUAAAAGAAAUAACAAGUGUUAGAAAAUCGGAACAAUCAACUCAAACUAUUGAAGAACAAAGUGUUGUCAGUAGUGCUAUGGCUGCAAGUAGCAAAAGUAUGAUUGAAAAAAUUGCUAAACUAGAAAAUGAUAACCAUGUUAUGAAGAAAAUGUUACACCAUCGCAAAACUAAAAUAGAAGAGCUUCAAAAACAAAUUGAAGAACGUGCUUUUUAAUUUUAUGUAACUUAAAUUUCUCGUUGUGUUCUUUAAUAAUAUUUUCAUUAAUUAUGUGUUCAUAUGUGACACAUUUUACAGAAAAAUCUUUUCUAAUUGAGUUAUAAAUUAUAUUAUUUAUUCAUAAUUAUAUAAAUCUUUUCUCUUAAAUAUUAUUUAAUUUGAACAAUUUAUCCAAUAUUAUGUGCCUAUGUACUUAAAAAUUUGCUAUUGAUUUUUAUUUUAUUUAAAUUCUCAACAUCUUAUUACUGAAGUAUAAUUAGAAAAAUCUUGUCAGUACUCAUUAUUAUGUAAUGUUAGAUAUUGACUAUUCUCACAUAUAUAUUAAUCUGCUGUUAAUAUUUUAACAGUAUGUAUAUUGCCCAUAAAUAAUAUAAUAUUUUUAAAGUAAGCUGGUUGUAAAUAAGAUUUAUUGAUUUAUAAUUAUUUAUUAGAUUAUUCAUAAAAUGUAGUAAUUUUUCAUAAGCUUAAUUAUAAUUAUUAUAAAAUUGUUAAU